UGUUCGGCGGUGGACACAACAUUAGUCGUAGUUGCUUGGCCACAGGCAGUCGCGAUGGGUACUCACAAGUACUUUAUAUUCUUGCUAGCAGUGUGCUCAGUGUUCGCUCAGAAAAGUGUGUUUGACGAGGAUUUGUACCAGAGUGUGUUGGACCCUGAAGAAUGUGCAGCUCAACUCACGUAUUUGGCGGACAACGACCAAUUAAGAUAUUUAUUUCUCGAUGCCAGUGGCAAGUUACCGAGCAACCUUCUUGGUGGCAAUUGGAAUGAUCUAGGAGACUACUUUCAAUGCUUGGGGAUCCAUCAAGUAGUCGAUGACAGAACUUACCAGGGGAAAUACUGCGCUGUUAGUGUUCCACUUGAAUCUUUACCACCGAUUAAUCUCCCUACAACUAGUGGCACAUUACCUACUAUCACUUGGCCGACUAUCACUUGGCCGACUAUCACUUGGCCGACUCUGCCUAGUGAGAUCAAUCGGCCUAGUUUGAUCACUCGGCCUAGUGACAUCACUCUGCCUACUGGGAUCACUCUGCCUGAUGGGAUCACUCUGCCUAGUGAGAUCACUCGGCCUACUGGGAUCACUCUGCCUGACGGGAUCACUCUGCCUAGUGAGAUCACUCGGCCUAGUGACAUCACUCUGCCUACUGGGAUCACUCUGCCUGGUGGGAUCACUCUGCCUAGUGAGAUCACUCGGCCUAGUGACAUCACUCUGCCUACGGGGAUCACUCUGCCUGGUGGGAUCACUCUGCCUAGUGAGAUCACUCGGCCUAGUGACAUCACUCUGCCUGGUGGGAUCACUCUGCCUAGUGAGAUCACUCGGCCUAGUGAGAUCACUCGGCCUAGUGAGAUCACUCUGCCUGAUGGGGUCACUCUGCCUGAUUGGAUCACUCUGCCUGAUGGGAUCACUCUGCCUGAUGGGAUCACUCUGCCUGAUGGGGUCACUCUGCCUGAUGGGAUCACUCUGCCUGAUGGGAUCACUCUGCCUGAUGGGAUCACUCUGCCUGAUGGGAUCACUCUGCCUGAUGGGAUCACUCUGCCUGAUGGGAUCACUCUGCCUGAUGGGAUCACUCUGCCUAGUGAAAUCACUCGGCCUAGUGACAUCACUCUGCCUGGUGGGAUCACUCGGCCUAGUGAGAUCACUCUGCCUGGUGGGAUCACUUGGCCUGAUGAGAUCACUUUCCCACCAACUACCACGCCUGAUUAUGAAGAAGCACCAGAAGAACUGCGUUCACGCAAUGCUGGUUAUCCACCAUUCCCUGAAAUCGACAGUGAAACGCUCCAAGCUGUUGAAACUUACAAUAACUUGAGGAAAUACGUGCUUGGACUUAGUGGCAUGGGGGAGGCAGUUGACUCGAUCAGCCAACCUGAGAACAGAAUAUUCCCGUUGAAUUUCGCAGCCAACAAAAGUGCGCUGCUAGGAAUUUGUAUUCCCGCCGUCUGCACGCCGACCCAAGCCAUCGACUUCCUUGAGGCCCAGAUUCCCUUUUCCGAAUUCGUUAUUAAGGAGGAGUAUUGUAGGCUGCCCCAAGACAAACCUUUAGCUCCUGCUGAUAUCGUUGCUAUUGUCAUCUUCUCCAUCAUCGGACUGUUGCUCAUCGCUAGCACGUCGUACGACCUCGUCCAAACUUUCCUGUUCAAACGUGCUCCAUCCCGCAUCAACCCACUGUUCGUCAGUUUCUCCGUGUACACGAACACUCGCCGCUUCUUGACAUUCAAGUCGACUCCUGACUCGCUCGAGUGUGUGGACGGGAUCCGCGCCAUCUCCAUGAUGUGGGUCGUCGUGGGACACACCUACAGCAUGACCUUGCUCAACUUCGUGCACAAUCUAGUGGACACUUUCGACUGGCUUACGUCAUUCCAAGGAACGUGGAUCAACUCGGCACCGAUCACUGUGGAUACUUUCUUUUUACUCAGUGGUAUACUUGCCGUGUAUACUGUCAUUGGAAAAAUCUCCCGAAGACGUUUCAUCAAGACUAUCCAUCUUUUCUACCUGAACCGUUUACUCCGUAUGUUCCCACUGUUGGCUGCUGUGGUUCUGCUCCAAGCCUCUGCCUUCCACCACGUGUCUGACGGUCCGUACUGGGCCAACCCAGCUCACGCCACCGAGAACUGUCGGGAGUACUGGUGGUCUGCAUUACUUCACAUUCAAAAUUACGUGAACCCUCUCAGAAUUUGUUUGUCCCAGACCUGGUACCUGUCAGUGGACAUGCAGCUGUACAUCGUCUGCCCCAUCGUGCUGGUCUUUAUGUUCGGCUCGGAGAAGAUCUCGUGGUGCAUCCUCACCGCUUUCGUACUCCUGUCUCUCGUGUCAUCCUCACUGUACAGUUUCUUGUAUAACUUCUCUGCUGCAUUAGCUAAUCCAGAACGUAUUGCCCAGUUCCAAGCUUACGUCCAAACUUACUACAUGAACACUUUGGCUCGUGCUCCUCCAUUCUUUGUGGGCAUGGUCUAUGGCUACCUGCUGUACUUGUGCAAGGACAAGAAAAUCAGAAUACCUAGGUUCCAAGUAAUUAUCCUGUGGGCGCUGUCCUUCAUUCUGAUGGCGUUCUGCAUCUUCUCCAUCUACCCCGUGAUGCAGCCCGGGCACACUGCGCAGCAGUUCGACAACUUCUUGAACGCGUACAUGCGCGCCAUCUGGGCCGUCGGCUUGGGUUGGCUUAUCUUCGCCUGCCACCAUGGCUAUGGAGGUCCUAUCAACUGGUUCCUCUCGCUACAAAUCUGGAAGCUGCCCGCUCGUCUCUCGUACGCCGUCUAUUUGCUCCACUUGCCAGUCAUCUUCACCGCCGUUGGAAGCUGGGUGAAGCCCUACUACUUCACUAAUGGACAGAAUAUGUACAGAUUCAUGAGUGACUUCGCGUUUUCCUUCAUAUUCGCCUUGGUCCUGUGUAUCUGCAUUGAUGCGCCUUUCUCAACACUUCAGAAGAUAGCUUUGGGUGGUGGCAAAAAGAGACCCCCAAAAGAGACGAAGCCCCCAGUAGAAGAAUCUCCUGAAGUAGUUAGCGCCACAAACGAGAGAUUUGUCAAGACAACAUUAUAGAUGACUACUGAAAACUGACUGACUGACUGACUAACUGACUGACUACUGUGGUAUUAUUAUAUUAGCCGCCUCGGCUUUGCUGUGUUCUCUUCAAUGAAAAGUGGAACUGGACUGAAAUAUAUAGUUUUAUAUACAUUUUUGUACGUAGUUCCUAAAAGAUAUUAGUGAUUGUAUACGAGGCUUCUCUCAAGUAAUUGUAAAUAUUUUCAUUCAAGACAGCCGAAGCUAACUAACUACAGGAGAAUAGAAAUGUAGUAUAAGUAUUAAAUUAGUUUAGAUAUAUUUCCAAGGAAUCUGUGUACAGCUAGCCAGUAACUGUGAUUAGAAGAUAAGAAUUAAUUUAUUAAAAUAUUUAGGAGCCUAUAAAUAAGAUCUUUGUACAAUGUAAGUAGCAAGAAUAUUUAAUGUACCGUAAUAGAUAGGUAUUAUAAUUUAUUAAUAAAAAAUAUGAAUACAAUAUA